GCAGGCGAUCAGCCACGCAAAUAAUCCUGACGUCAUCUACCACCACAACCAUCAAAAACAUCAAAAAAAUAAACUCCGUGUACAUCCGGCUUCUUUCUUCCUUCUAUACUCGUUGCCGUUUCGCAUCAUCUGUCGUCAUCAUGGGUCAGCAAAUCUCCGAAUGCGAGGCCGGCAUCCCGCUCGGUCUCUGCGGCCUGGAUCAGAUCGACUGGGGUGGUCAGGCCGGUGCCUUUUACGAGUGCUGGAAGCUCGCGCCGUGCUGCGGUGCACCCGACCUGAUGGGCUGCCUUCUCUGCCUCCUGCACUGGACCUUCCUCUCCCCUUGCUCCGCCUGCAAGCUGUACGCCACCUCGCUCGGCGACAACUGCUCCCUCUGGCCGCAUUGUGUCUGCAUCCUCUGCUGUCCUGUCGGUCGCCUCUUCACCCGCUAUAACCUACGCAAGAAGAGUGGCGUGCAGGGCAACAUGAUUGGUGACUGCAUUUGUAUUUGGUGCUGUGCGCCGUGUGCGUGCUGUCAGGAGAUGCGCAGCGUCAGCCCAGGCGGGUGGCGCAUCGUGCCGGAGUGCACCGUGCCUGGCAUUCUCGUGCCCGGCUGCCGCUUCCUCGCCUAA